AGGUGUGUCUCACCCAUCCCCGUUGCUCUUUCAAAGGUCGUGAUAGCGAAGCUCGUCUUUCCUAGUGGCAACCUUGUUCGUUAGCGUGUGUGACUGUACAGGCAGACAAACAGGCAACAGCAGUAAGCAAUCAAGGAAGGAAGGAGUGGAGCGGAGCGUGUUUUCCGCGAAACUGGCGAUUGUUGGCUGGCGGCGAUUGUUCGGGUGGUAGUCUGCUUCGUGGCGAGGUAAGUGUCUUUCUAUCUAUGGCGGCAGUGAGUAGGACUCAAGCACAGCAUGUACCUGCUAUGGACAAACACGCUUCUUCUGCAGCGACAGCGGAAGCAGCGGAGAGCGAGGUUGGUGCGGCAGGUGGGGGCGUGAGCGGCGGCGGAAGCGGCAUCGUUGUUGGAGGCGCAGGGGGAGGAGGAGGCGAGACGGUGUUGACGGCAGCGAGCGGCGCAGAUUCGGCUGAUACUCGCACCAAGGGCACUGCCGGCGCGGUCUUGAAGCCUGGUGGCGGUGUGUCGCUGGGAGGAGGGGGAGGUGAGGAGGUGAAUCUCCGGCCCGGAGCGGGCGGUUUCAGACCGAUCUCUCUGCGGCCUUUUGGCGGUGCUGUCGGAGCUGGAGGCCUUCGUCCCGGUACUCCAGGCUCGGCCUCACGCCAGGGACUCGUUGGCGGCAAGUCCGCCAUCGCCAGCAGUUUGCCGUCAGCAAGGGUUCCCACCGGAGAGAGGGUGAAGUAUAAUCGCGACUUCUUGCUGCAGUUUCAGGAGAAAUGCCUAGAUCUCCCCGACGAGUUGGCUCAGGCCGGAUCAGAAAUUCUCUCGAAUCCGCCGUCAUCUUAUGGCCCUUCCGGCGAUGGUUUCGGAGUAGGCGGCGAUGAUUGGAGGAGGAAGGAGCAACAGGCACAGCAAUCGUCCCCUGGAAGGCCUAUUCCAGGCAAGCUGCGGCCAGGGCAGCUUGCACAGCAGCCGGCUGCGUCUCCAGCAGACGACCGAGAUUGGAGGGCGAAAGCGCCGCCCAUUUCGGCGUCGGUGGGAGGGGCGGGAAGAGGAGGGCGGGACGAUGGAGGCGGGAAGAGGGGCCCGGGGAACCAGAGAGACGUUCCUCCCCCACAGCGGCAAAGCUCCAUGGGCGGUGCUGCCACCCCUGCGCCAGCAGCUGCUCUCAACGAAAACGUGCUGACCAUUGCUAAAGCAGCCAGUCCAUGGGUUCCGCAGAGAAGCGUAAACGAGUCCGAGAAGGUAUAUAGGAAUGUGAAAGGUAUAUUGAACAAGCUGACUCCCGAGAAGUUCGAUACGCUGGUGGAGCAGAUGCUCCAUGUUGGAAUCAAUUCUGCGGAUAUCCUGGAAAAAGUCAUCUCUUUGGUUUUCGAGAAGGCGGUCCUUGAGCCCACAUUCUGUGCCAUGUAUGCAGAGCUGUGCGUGCACUUGUCCACGCACCUCCCCGAGUUUCCGCAGGAGGACGGCAAACCGAUUGCUUUCCGCAGAAUCCUGCUGAAUACAUGCCAAACGGAAUUCGAAGGUGCGGAGUCGCUGCGGAACGAGGUGAAGGCCAUGAACAAGCCGGAGCAAGAGCAGGAGAGAAUAGACAAGGAAAGGAAAAUGAAGCUCCGCACCCUUGGGAACAUCCGAUUGAUAGGUGAGCUCUUCAAACACAAAAUGAUUCCUGAGAAAAUCGUUCACUCGUGUGUACAGUCGCUUCUGGGCCUGCCCAAGGCGGAUCCAGUGGAGGAGAACGUGGAGGCUCUCUGCCAGUUGUUGACUACCGUGGGGAAACAGCUCGACGAGGCGAAGAUCCGGCAUCACAUCGAAUCGUACUUCAGCAGGCUCAGGGAAUUAGGGUCCAAUCAAAAGCUGAGCUCCAGGAUAAGGUUCAUGUGUAUGGACUUGAUAGAUUUGAGGUCGAAUAAAUGGGUUCCGAGGAGAAAGGAGGUGAAGGCGAAGAAAUUGGAGGAGAUUCAUGCGGAAGCGGAAGCGCAGCUGGGAUUAGGCAGGGGACUGAUGAGGAACAUGUUGGGGCUGAGGAACGGCGGGGGGAGCAGAGGUCCGGAGACACUCUUCCCGCCGGGACCGACGAGAGGAGGGGGGAUGGCACCGCCGUUGACGGGACUCUUUGGAGCUGCGCCUAUGCCGGGGGGAAUCUUUGGGGGGGCGCCGAUGCCUGGAGCUCCGAUGCCUGGAGCGCCGGGCAUGCCUGGAGGUCCGGAAAUGGAUGUUGGAGGCUGGGAGACAGUGAAGAACAGGGGGAAGAUGGGCAUGGGUUUCCCGCCUUAUGGACCGCCCGGGGGAGGCUAUGGAAUGGGACUGGGCAGGAUGCCCCCUUCCGGAGGGGGAAUGGGUAUGGGCAGUGGAGGUAUUUUCCAGGGCAAGGCCAGCGCGUUGCUAUCAGGAGGUCCUUCGCCACCGGGGACAGCUCGACCUGGGCCGCCUCCUCUAAGCGGGGGAUCAAGUGCGGGGGGAUCACUUCCGCCGUUUAAAAUGGGAAUGACUUCUUCUCCGCCGUCCUCGGCGCACCCAGUGCCCCUCUCGUCUUCAGCCAGUUCUUCUGGCCUGCCGCCACCACCAUCGGCUGCUUCGUUGGUCCCUGACUACGGUCCUCCGCAGCCUAAUCGACCUCCUCCUGUAGCACAAGCCUCUGCGGGAAGCAGGGGGGCUGGCGGGGGUGGGGCCUCGGAGGCGGAGGUGACGAAGCUGGCGAAGAAAACUGACGCCCUAUUGCAGGAAUAUCUGACUGCCUUGGACAUGAAGGAGGCGGAGCUAUGCGUGAUGGACCUGAAAAACCCUGAUUUUCAUCCGAGGAUCGUGGAGAGCGCUCUUCUGCUUGGCUUCGAGAAGAAGACUCGUGAUAUGGAGAACAUAGGGAAGCUGCUCCUCCACCUGAAUAGACAGUUUGUCUUGACGAACGCUCACCUUCAGGCGGGAUUGGCGAGAGUGGCGGAGAACAUUGACGAGUUGAUGAUAGACGUGCCUUUGGCGCCCCAGCUGUUCGGAGAUCUCACGGGCCAGGUUGUCCUCGCGGGAGUUAUCGAUCUGCCGGCGCUGAAGACCGUGUGGCAGAAAAUUGAGGAUGUGUAUUGUAGGAGGCUUGUGGCCGCGGCGUUUUUCAAGAAGGUGAAGACGGAGAAGGGGGAGAACGCGCUGACGACCAUGUGUCGAAGCAGCGGACUUGAUCUGGCGGCGAUUUUGUCGGGAGGAGGCGAGGGGCCUCUCGAGACCUUCCUCGCCAGGCAAGGCCUCGAAGCAGUGCUCUCGUGAAGCGAUUCCAUCCUCAGGGGUGGUUGCCGGGGGGGUGUGUGUGGGGAGGCAGGCGGGAGGUUGUAGGGGUGGUUGUGGGUGUCGUUGGCGUCUUUUCUAGGUAUAGAAGUUCGGGAGCAGUAGCCAGCUGCAAGCCAUCGUACUUAAUUCAGGGAGCAUUGGGUCGUCGUUUCUGUGCUGUUUGUCUGGCGGCUUUGAGGGUCACGUAUUUGGUGGAAGAAUGUGUCCGUGCGAUGCUCGCUUCUACGUUUUGCUUCGCAGGGAGAGAAAAACAGUGACACGGCAUGUGUCAUUUGAGUGCCCAAUGCGGCGGCGGACGGCAAAGUCAUGGAAAGUGUCUGAUGUAUGCUCGAUGACCCUGGAGCACGGAGUUUGAUGGAUCUGGCCUGCCUGUCCGAAGUGUCCGUGUUUGUUUUGUUUCUGCGUGUGAUUCCGUGUCUGUGUGUGUGUGUGUGUGUGUGUGUGAGAGAGAGAGAGAGAGAGAGAGAGAGAGAGAGAGAGAGAGAGAGAGAGAGAGAGAGAGAGAGAGAGAGAAAAGGAGUUCAAGUUAGUAAGGAUGCGGGGAUAUGACUGUGGGGGAUUAAAACCGU